AGAAGAAAAUUGUUUAUACCCAGCCCACCGUUUGCCGAAACGGACCGUAAAGUAGCUACGAAUUGAGAAGCGAAAGGUGCAAUCGGCCACACACAUCGUUUUGCAGUCCGUACGACGAUCCUUUCGUUGGUGAAUAAUGAAUUUCACCCAAGUUGCACCACCCGUCCUCUUCCCCACUGAGGGUGGAAACAAUGACCGCAGACCAAUCGGUGAUGCGAUACAAAGCCCCAACCCACAUAACUAGGAAGCAGCCUGAGUCAUACUGGUCGUGUCUGGAAAUGCAUUCAACCAGCACCGUUUUUGUUAUGAUGCAAUUUCGCACAUCAAUCGUGCUGUUAAGUGGCGACCGCACCAGAUCGUAAAUCGAAGACCUUCCACUUGGCGAUAGUGGUAUCUCAAUCGAUACGUUUGAUAAGGGGAACCUAGAUAUGAGGCAAAGAUUAGUCCUUCGAUUUCACACUGCGUACAAGACGACAGUGUAAAUUUGAAGAACGUUCCGUCAACAUGCUUUCGAAGCGUAAUAGCGAACUCUCGCCAGCACUAAUUGUUGAACAUGCUGCAAAAUAUUUAGCGAAAGUUUUACAAUUGAUUCACCUGAGCGGCAAUAAGAAUUUAACAGAGAGUGUGAAGACUCUUCUCGGCCGCCACACCAAAAUUCUGGUAAAGUACAUGGUAAAACUUGAGGUUAAGAGCGAUAAAACGGAGAACAGAGUUUUGGUUUUCACACCGGUGCGAGUGUAUCUGCUUACAGCCAAAGUACCGACAAGGAUAGACUGCCAUUUUCACUACCUAGAUAUACAAUCGAUCGAAAGUCGGAAGCCAACACAUUUUACAAUAACCACCAACGAUAAGAGUUAUUCCUUUUCAACAAUUGGUGAUGCUGGAAGUUUCACAUCGAAUGCCGACGUAAUUUUAACCGAUCUAUCAUCUGCAAUCAAGCAGAUAUUUCCCACGGUUCCGCUCCGAUACAUAAUAAGAAAGAUCGAUGUGAAUCCGAUCGAGCGUACUUCCAUUUUUUCGGACGAACUGCGUCCAUCCGAUCCGCGCAAUGUGGGCCCUUGUGGUGGGUUUAGCAUGCAGUACGCCUGCAUGUGCGAUCUCCAUGCGGUCCAGUACCGGGAGGAGGUGGCAUGGGACAUCGACACCAUUUACCUCUCGCACGAUGCCCGCGUGCUUAAUUUGCGUGACUUUGAUCAUUUGGAGCAGAAAGAUCUGAUGGCGAUCGUUGCCGCGCUCGAGUACAAUACAUUUUUUCGUGGACUGAAAGCGUCCCAUACACGGCUGUCCACGGAAACGCUCGAGCGGGUGUUGCAGGUACUGCGGCGAUCGCUAUGGCUGGAGGAACUGCAUCUGGAAUCGUUGGGAUUAAAGUCUGACUUUAUACAUAAGCUAGCUGUUGCUGUGAUAUCAAAUUCUGCGCCUGCAUUACGAUCGAUUGACUUAAGCCAUAAUGUUAUCGAGGACAAAGGAGCUACACAUUUGGCUGGACCAAUAGCAAAAAUGUCGAAAAGCUUUUCCAAGCUAGCGCUGGCACACUGUGGCCUUACGGCCAAAGGUGUUAAUCAGUUGGCUCAUUCGCUUUCGUUAAAUCAAAAUAUUUCCAACUCACUCACUUAUCUCGAUCUGAGUGGUAACAUUCUUAAGGAUGACGUAAAUAAUCUGUACAACUUUUUAGCACAGCCUAAUGUAAUAGAACAUUUGGACAUUUCGCGUACGGAUACAACAUUAGAAAGUGUCUUUGGAGCUCUCUUGCGCGGUUGCGCCACGCACCUUCUACACUUGAACGUAUCGCACAACAAUUUCGGUACGAAGAAAGGCAAAGAAAUACCACCCUCGUUCAAGCAGUUCUUCACCAGCAGUCUAAGUCUGAAGCAUCUGAACAUUGCCUGCUGUAAGCUGCCGCUGGAAGCACUCAAGCAUCUUCUUCUGGGGCUGGCAUGCAAUGAAUCGACCGCGGGGUUGUACCUCGAUCUGAGCGGCAACUCGCUAGGAUCGCAGGGAGCUCACGUGCUCGAAUCAUGCAUUCACGGUGUGCGCGUAUUAGCGAGCCUCGAUAUUAGCGACAACAAUAUGGAUUACGAGCUGGCACACGUGCUAACUGCAAUCGGCAAAAACCCCUCAAUUCGAUCAUUGUACAUGAGCAAAUGCUUUACCGGCAUGAAGCUGAAACACAUCGGUACGGUAAUGGAUUCGUUGGUGAAUUUAAUCCAGAAGGAAGAUUUCCAGCUGCAGGAGCUAGUGUUGGCAGAAAAUCGCCUGAAAACCGAUCUGCACAACUUUAUCAACGCACUCGGCAGCAACCAACAUUUGCAGAUGCUGGACAUCACGGGCAACCUGAUGGGUGACAUCGGUGCACGGUUGCUUGCAAAGGCGCUGCAGAUUAACAACAAGCUAAAAACAAUCGCGCUCGAUCGUAACAACAUUACGCUGCAAGGUUACGCGGACAUUGUCUAUGCGCUGGAGAACAAUUUUUCCGUGCGCAAUAUGCCAUUCCCGCUGCAUGACAUUGCACCUUGCCUGAAGCAACACCCGGAACGUACCGAUGGGUUGAUGAGAAAAAUGCAAGAACUGCUGUUCCGCAAUGGAAAUGGAUUCAAGCGCACCCAUGGACAAGGUUUUCGGCUACAGCAUGGUUUUCUGCUCUCGUCCACACAUCAAGUGUUGGACAAGUUGGUAGCAGAAACGCAAGAAACGAUGUCAUCCCGCCAAAGCUCUCUCGAUGGUAGCUUGUCGCGUUUGCUGGAGGAUGCCGAAAACUGUAAGCAGCUGCUUCCGAAGCUGCAAGAAUCCGUACGCUGUGAUCCGCACCCGAUUGAGGUUCGGCUCGGAAAAAUGAAAACGGAACUUCAUCAGUCGAUUAAGAGCUAUCUGGAGGAAACGAUGGAAACAAUGCUACGUACAGGCAUCGAACAGUGUCCGAAAACGUUAGGUUCGCAGGUGGUGUUGACCGAGCUGCGUAAAGGAUGUGCGGAGCGGUUGACAAUCUCGGAAGAAUUCUUGCAAAGCUGCCUCGUAAACAGUGCCGGUGGGGAGGUGAUGAAUCGCAUCAGCGAGGUAGAACAAUCGUUGGCAAGUUUGAUUUCUGAUCGCGCAACAGAUGAGGUGCUGGAAGCGUUAACACGCUAUCGCAAGGGUUUGGGCAUUGCCGAGGGACCACUCAGCUAUACGGACGAUUUGCAUUCGUUAGAUGGAAGCAAACAUAAUUCUAGUCAGAGCACCGAACCGAUAGCAAACUUUGAAUUGCGUGGAUUAGAUUUACCGAAACUUGGUCUUGAUUCGCCCACGGUAAGUGUUAGCCGCAAUGUGCAAAUCGUUGUAAAUUGUACCUCAUUGUUUCAUCUUCUCUACCAAACGUUCAAAUUCAUUCCAACAUUUUUUCAUCGAUUCCAUCCCAUUCUUCUUUACCACAUCGCGCUCUCACACACCCAAAACACACACACAAAUAUACGACAGAAAUUGGAAUACCUAAACCUAGCAACACCGCAACUGCAACACAAACGUCGUUCGAUUGCGCGAAAAGUGCGACCACAGUCGGUGGUUGGAUUGGGUAUAGAAAAUCUAAGCCUUGCUAACAUACCGGACGUGACCGAGUCGUCCAUUGCGAGUGUGUCGCGAAGCAGCAGCAAUACAAGUGGUUCGAAGAAGUACGAAUCACCGAACGCGAAGGAAGACGAAUGUUGUGACUCGAUUACCGAGCUUCCGAGUCAAUCGUUAACCUUACAGCAUUUGGUUAAAGGACGUCCGAAGCGUGCAAAAACACGUGCACCGAAGAAACCGGUCAUAAUGGACAGUAGCGUCGGGGCUGGUGGUGGUGGUGGUGGUGGAACGGCUGUAAACGAAGGCAUUGAAUCAUUCUUCCGGCCUGGUUCGGCUACCCCAUCCACCCUAACGCCGCUCGUUUCUCCCACCUCCGAGGAGUGUAGUUCGCUCAGCUUUGUCGAUAGUCCUACGCUGAGCCGCGAUGAUGGAGGCCGUUUUAGCAAUGUAACAUCGGGCGAAACAACACCGAUACUGGAAGAACGUAAACCACUGAAAUUGGAUCGCUCAUCGCCACUGUUAAAGGGUGUUAACUGGACGUCACGUUCACGCUCAUCGGAUAAUUUGGAAAAGGUUUCGCCCUCGGUUAAUCGUAAAUCACCGCUAGUGAAAGCGGCCACAGAGGUAGUGGAAACACCGGUGCGUGAUUCACGGCCGCUGGAUAAUGGUGCUCCACCGAUAACGGGCAGCAAAUCGCCUAGCAAUGAAUCGGUACGCAGCCAUCACGUGGAACCACCGGUGCAUGGCAUGUCGCGGCUUGGUAAUGGAACGGGACAGAAAACACCGAUCAUUUCACCGAAACCACGACCGUGGUCGGUGCUGGGGCAUGAAUCAAAAAAUGAGUUUAACGAACCAUCGGUCGACAGUAUCGAUACGGAUGGGGAUUUGGUGCUGAUCUCCGGUCAAACGCCGGGAGGAUCAAUUGUUGGCAUAACGCCCGGUGCUAUAAGUACAGCCGGUACGGGUGGAAGUAUACUGGGUAUUACACCAGGUGCCGUCAUCGAGAAGAAAUCCGUCAGAGAUAUGGCGGCAGGAUUAAACAAGCUGGGAGUAGAACUCGAGCGUAAUUCCCUGAUGCGAAGUUCCAUUUCCACUCACUCGGCAUCGGCCGUAAUGCGUACCUCACCGUCCUCACUGCUGGGGCGCAAUAGUCAGAAAGUUAGUAGCAUUAUAAGUAGCAGUAGUACUAGUAGCAGUCCGCAUAGCAGCCCCAAUAGCAGCUUUAACACAAAUCGUGAUACUGCACUGCCCAGCAGCAGCACUGAGGAAUCCGUCGCACCGUCCACUGAUGUGCCACCGAAAGACGAAACGCAAAUUAAGCGUAUUGUGGCUGGCAAAAAAAUUACCGCUUUGUUUGAGGAGACGCUAGUUGAAGGACUGCAGAAAUCAUCACGUAAAACCAUGUACAGAGAGUCAACCGUCUAUAAGGACGAAGACACGGUCGAUGUGUAACGGAAGCGGGGAGAACGAGAUGCGCCAUUUUUCACUCUCACUGCAAUGCAAAAUGCAAAAUUAAUCGCAAGCGCAUGGUAAAGCAUCACGAAAGGAAGAACUGAGGGGUAGGGGGAUAGGUGGGGUGGUAUGGAUUAUGUUGAACAGGUUGAGGCGAGUCAGCAGUAUUUGGCGCAAAUGAUAUUUGGAUACGGCAGGGUACACCAAAACGUAGGUUUCGUUUUAUCGCUCUUUUUAGUACGCUUAUAUGUUUUCGUUAAUCUAUUCUAUGUUUUAAAACAACACUUUUACAAACACCGAGACGCGUCAUGCAAAGACUCAAUUUAAAUGCAUACCAAGAAAAGUAUUAUUUUAACUACAGAAAGCAAGCACAAGCGUACGCGUCGUGUACACGUUGCGAUCUAGUUUCUUUUACCCUUUCGGACAGUUUGCUCUCCCACUGUGUGAGUGAUGAAUGUGUGUUUUAUAUUUGUUUAGUGUAAUGUAAACCUUUUUUGUUUAUUCGGUUUGUUUUUUAGCUGUACUAUCGCCACACCAUAAUGGUAGCUCAUUAAAAGACUGUUAUUAUUGUCCUCCAACCUUUUUUCCGUCAACGGAACACGGUGCGUUAUUAGAAACUAGCGGGUAAACAUGACUAUGAACACUUGUUUUGCUAACUUCUUUGCCUCGUCAAAGGCAUCUUUUUUAAAGGCAGGAAUGUUAUUAAAGGGCGGCAAAAGGGAAAGGGUAAGGGUUAGCGAUUAAGGGUACUGUAGUUGUGGCUGGCAGUGUGGUGCCAGGUAGAUACGCAGGAACAAAAAGACAGGUCAAAACAGAAAUUACUCACCCGUUCGAAUAUGUGUGUUAGCUCUCAAUUCGUAACGAAUGGUAACGGUGAUCGAUUCCAGGUGGCUGCGUCUUUCUGUAUCUUUUUUUUUAAACAUUCAUACACGUACAUUCUACUGGGUCGAAGGAUGAAUAGUGAGAAGGAACUGUGCCAAACUAAGGAUAGUAAUAUGCGAGAAUCAGCUGCAAAUAACAAAACGAAAAAAAACACACACUUUCUAGAAGAGUAACCAAUGGUCGUCUAGACACAUCGAUAAUCGUACAUAGUUGUCAUGGUGACGAGUAACAACCGCAAGCAUAUAGCAGUAUGGUAGAAUAGAUCACACAUUAGAUCAAUUACACACAACACACGUAUGAGCAUUAUUAACAGUUCGAAAACGUAAUCACGGUAGAGAAGUUUGAUGAUUUCGAUUGACAGUGAAGGUUGAGCACAAAUAUAUAAAUGCUACAGUGUGUUUAUGGUUCCGAAGUGUCGUGUCCCUGCACGCCGAGAAAGACAUUCGCUGGAAGUAAGUGUGCGUGCGUCAAUGCAGGUGCAGCGUGGCAACCUUUGGGCUCUACAACGAAACCGAUUAGUAAUUGAUCCCUGCGACACUCUCAUAGACCACAUAGACAUACACACACACCCGUUAAUAAACAAUCGUAUGUAUUUUUCAGUAGCUUAGACCGUUUGUGGGUCGUUUCGAAUAAACUAGAGCAACACAAGAUGAGCAAGCCUCCAAUACUACACACUCCAACAAUAAAAUUCCAGUGUUUGUAGAUUUUUAAAAAGAAUAA